GAUUCCCAAAGCCCUGCAUUCCCGCCGCAACCUUGCUCUGCGGUGAGAAUGGAGAAAACUCAAGACGACGAGCCCAAUGAGAGGAGAACGGAGAAGAAGGGAUUGAUACAGAUCCCUUCAUACCAGGAAGUCUUCGGCAUCAGCGGAGGAGAUGGGUCUUCCUCAUCUCGAUCUUACAAUCCUCCGCCUCCGGCUUCUUUCUCCCAGGCUUUUUCCUUCAUCAAAUCCUCCGAAUUCUACUCUCCUCCGCCUCCGUUGGAGCAAGCGCCGAGGGAAGUUUCUGAUUCGGCGGCGGCUUCGUGCUCUUCUUCUUAUACCCCGAUUUCUGCUUCGAAUUCUUACUCUUCAGCGAGUUCAUCCGCUCAGAAUCGAAAUGCUAUCCUUGUUAGCCAUAGGCAGAAGGGGAAUCCUUUGCUCAAGCAUAUAAGGAAUGUUAAGUGGGCUUUUGCUGAUAUAGUCUGCGACUAUUUGCUGGGACAGAGUUCAUGCGCUCUUUAUAUAAGCUUACGUUAUCAUCUACUUCAUCCAGAAUAUUUGUAUUAUCGAAUAAGGGAAUUGCAGAAGGUCUUCAAGCUUCGUGUCAUUUUGUGUCAUAUUGAUGUGGAAGAUGUAGUUAAGCCAUUGUUGGAAGUCACUAAGACAGCAAUGUUUCAUGAUUGUAGCCUUUUAUGUGGUUGGAGCUUGGAAGAAUGUGGCCGAUACUUGGAGACUAUAAAAGUAUAUGAAAACAAACCCGCAGAUAGUAUCCGUGAACAAACAGAUACAGACUAUUUAUCACGGCUGACUCGUGCACUAACAACAGUUCGACAUGUUAACAAGACGGACGUGGUGACUCUUGGAUCCACUUUUGGGUCACUUGCAGGUAUAAUGGAUGCUUCCAUGGAAGAUUUGGCUCGUUGCCCUGGAAUCGGUGAGCGCAAGUUGAAACGCCUUCACGAUACAUUCAACGAGCCAUUCCGAAGAGUUUCUACUCGACCCCCAACCGUUACAAUACCCGAGGCCUUCAGCAAAAAGGCCAAAAGAGAAGCUAAUGAGGCUCUGAAAGCCCAUGAAGGAAAGCCAGAAAUGGAUGAGGGGAGGUGUGAUGCUCCUAAAGCUGAGAAGGAACGCAGCGUCAGUGUUCGUUCGGCUUUAGAUGCUGCUUUUGCUAAAUAUGCAGAGAGAGUUGGCACGGGCAGUGGUAGGAGAGGGCGCCCGGCUGAGAAGAAAAUGGGUGGUGGUGAUGGUGAUGGUGAUGGUUAGAUGCUGCUUUAGCUAAAUAUGCAGCGAGAGUUGGCACGGGCAGUGGUAGGAGAGCGCGCCGCUGAGAAGAAAAUGGGUGGUGGUGAUGGUGAUGGCAAUCACAAAGUUUCAAAAUGAUGCAGAAACUUGAGGGUAAGUUAUUCAUACCACCACAAAAUUCUUAUGUAUUUAUAUAUCUAACACAAACAAACUUUUAAUAUUUAUACAAGUAUUCAAAAUCUUUAAUAUCACAUUAGUAAUAUCAUUAUUGUCUUAGAAGUGAAAUCCACCUGUUCAUUCAUGGGUUUAUGACACAAUAAAAGGUGUUAUAAAUAUGAAUAUGAAGAUUUAGGGGUUAAAUAUGUGAAUAUAUAUGGAUUGUGUGGUAUGUACGCAAUUUUCUUAUUAUUGAAUAUUUGGGACUAAAAAAUUGUAAUG